UCCUGCAACGAAAUACUGAAGAGACCAAAAAUUAGUAGUUAGUAGAAUCACAAAGAAUACUCGUUACCGACAUUUGAGAUGAGAGACAAUUGCCAUGCCAUUGAGACCUACGAUGUCGGCAGUAGCCAAAUUGUUACUGUCCGAACUAAAGGUGGCGAAAGUGGAUAUCGCGAGAGAAGURACGAGAGAAGUGACGAUGGUUUCGUGUUUCACGACACAAAUACCGUUUCCACAGGURCAGCAACGGCAUCCACGGAAGAAACAUAUGUGGAAGACAUGGAUGUUUCGUAUGCAGCGGCAAGUUCCUGUUCAGCGCAACAUCAUAAAUCUGGUGGUAAUCCCACAUCACAUCAGCAGGAACUAAGCACCGAUCUCGACUGGUCGUUUCUGCGAGAGGGUCAGCUUUUCGAUCGCAAGGAACAACAGAARCAGCUCCUGGAAAUUUUUCGACGUAAACACCAUACCAACAAAGAUUUUGUCCUUGUUUCGGGCUUGUCUGGUACAGGUAAAACAGUUUUGGUGCAAGAGACACUGAAAGAUCCUGCAGUAAACGCGGGUGGCUACUUCUUGCUAGGAAAGCUCGAUCAAUUGAACAAGAAGAGCCCACAGCGGCCAUAUGCUCCUUUUGUCGCAGCCUUUUCGAAGUUCGUGGACCUUGUGGCAAAGAGGGAAAAUGAGGCUGAGACAAUUCGGGCCCUGACAUCCUCCCACAUGAUACAGGGAGAUAUUGAUCUCUUGUUAGAGACCUUUCCAUCUUUGACRAGCAUUAUUCGGCCCAUGGAACACAAUGACGGGAACAAACACACAGAGAAAUCCGAURCCAGCAAMCACGGUCAGAACACGAACCAUGCUCGUUUGUUUUCCAACAAUAUUCAUGACCGGAACAAAUCAAAACAAAACGAGAACCAGAAUCAACGACAGCAAAUUGGCAAAKCAAAGUUCACGACUGCCGACAAUCAGAAACAACUGGCUCGAAUCGUCCGGWCCUUUUUAGAGUGCAUUUCCAAUCCAGACACYCGACCGAUCGUCUUGCUGRUUGAUGAUCUACAGUGGGCAGACUCAGGGACGCUAGUCUUGUUGCAUUCCUUGUUACAAGCGGAAAAKCUGAGAGACAAGAAACCAACUACAAACAUCAGCAACGACUUUAACAGCGGUUUGUUGCUGGUGGGAACAUGCAGACACAAUGAGGUCGGUCUUGACGACGACCUGGCCAAAUUUUUGCGCACCUUAGAGGACGAAGGCAAGGUUACGAUUCGACAAAUCGAGAUUUCCAACCUGUCGCGUCAGGCGUGUGGAGAACUUGUGGCUCGGAUUYUAGGCUUUCCCGGCGAUAAAUAUCAAAGUCACCAAKGCAAAGAAUCGCUAGCUCCCCUUGUCGAUAUCGCCUACGGACAAACGCAAGGAAAUGCUUUCUUACUGUUGCAAUUCCUUCGAUCUCUUCACGAAGAAGGAUAUUUGAAGGUUCAAUCACAACCUCGACAAACGACAUCAUCAUUACCAACGAAGCACGAGUGGCUGUGGAACGAGGAAGUAAUCCGAGGUAGCAAUCUUCACGGUGCAGUGCGAGCCACCUCUGAUGCUACUCCGGACCCGGUCUUGAUAAUGGCAUACCAAAUGAUGCGUUUACCCCCUCACGUUCAGGAAACACUCAAAGUAGCAGCAUGUCUCGGGGCGGAAUUCAGUGAGGAACUUCUUUACCGAGCAAUGCCAUGUACAGUCCCAAUAACAGUGGCAGAUUCAUCAUCMAUCGAAAAAGGAGAUUUAGUUUCAGAAUCUUUGGAUUUGAUGAUCUUCAAAGAACUAGUGAGAAUUAACUCUGGCAGCGGGAGGUUUCAGUUUUGUCACGAUAAGAUCCAACAGGCUGCACUUACUCUGAUACCAGAACAACAACGAGACCUCUAUUGCACCAACAUCGGGCGGAGGAUACUCGAACACGCACAAGCUCAAGCCAAUAGUAUUCCAAACGAGGACAGCGAGUAUUGCAUUUUUUUAAUCGUUAACUUGUUGUCACAUGGGAUUUCGGCCGACAUAAUCAAAGAGCCCGUUGAAAAAAUGAUGGUCGCUACCGUUUUGUUGGAGGCGGGGGAAUUGGCAGCCGCAAUGAGCGACUUUGCAACAGCGGCUACAUAUCUAAAUCUUGGGAUCGAGUGUCUACAAAGCAACUUUAUCUGCGUGAAGAACGGUUAUUGGAAACACGAAUACAACUUUUCACUAGCCAUCUACAACGCGGCAGCUGAAGUUGAGUACUGCACAGCGAAUUUCGAACGCAUGGAUUGCUUUAUAAAGGAGAUCUUAUUGAACGCCCGAUGCUUUCAGGACAAGAUGAGGGCCUAUAUCACAAUGAUCUAUUCUCUCGGCAGUCGCGAGCGCCUCCUCGAAGCAAUUGCCCAGGGCUUCAGUCUAUUGGAAGUCUUGGGAGAGCACUUUCCGAGACGAGACAACAAGAUUUUCCUCCUGUUCGAUCUAAUAAAAACGAAACGGAUGGUUAAGACCUCUGUCGAUUUCUAUGGCGAUCUUGACCGGCUCCCCCUGAUGCAAGACGAGAGAAAAUUGGCAGCGAUACAGAUACUAAACAUCAUAUUUCCGUACUGUAUGAUGCUGAAACAUCCUAAAACUCCCCUUGCCGCCUUUCGAAUGGUCCAGCUCUCAGUCAAGCACGGUUUCACAGAGACUUCUGCCACUGGGUUCUCUGGAUAUGGACUUAUGCUAUCUUCUAUUGGAGACUUUAUGAAUGGCAACCGGAACGGGAAGUUUGCGCUUCGAUUGCUCGAUCGAUUCCAAGCAAAGCAUUUGAUACCCCGAGUCUAUUCUAUGUAUUAUGGUUUUAUUAGCAAUUGGAACACGGUACGAUAUGAAAUGAAUUGGUCGUUGCUUGGUCUCUUUUUUGGGUGACAGUUUUCAAGCUCYUCUACCAYAGAUCGUACAACGUGUAGCGAUUUUGUUAUUUUGUGGUUACUGUGUCUAAUUGUCGAAUACYUGUUGCUGUUUUGUUGCAUUUGUGGUCUUUACUUUCAAUGAUCUGCCAUUCAACUUUACUCUYGUAGCCACUGAAGUUGAAUCUCAAGCCUACGAUGGAUGGUCACAAAGCAGGCCUUUCAACAGGUGACAUCGAGUUCGCAAUGGUCAAUGCCGUUUUAUACGCAACAAAUUCCUUCCAUGCUGGGCAGCCCCUCGCUAAAAUCCAGGCAGAAGUAUUCAAGCUCCAAGAAUUGACCAUCCUAUUUCGACAGAAAUCUUGCGAGUCUGUCAUUAGUCCCAUCCUUCAACAAGUAUACAAUCUUCGAUCAAGCAACCACAGCAUCGUUGCGAGUGAACAACYGCCAUGGAUACUGACCGGAACUGCAUGUAACGAGGAACAACUUGUGAGUGAAGCAUUGGUAUCUAACAACGUCAUGUGCUUGAGUCAGUUUAAUUUCCGAAAACUAUGGAUGGCCUACGUUUUCCGCAAUUAUGACGUUGCCUUUGAAAUGGCGGAGAAAAGCCGGAUCACAAUAAAGAGUUCCCCGGCUUCAUUCAUGGUCUUCUCGCACUAUUUCUUUGAGGGAAUGACGUGCAUGGCGUUGGCUGCAAAUCUAAAUGGUACGAAACAAAAGAGAAAACGAAAAARAUUCCGGAAACUUGCAGCGAAAUGCCUCAAGACCAUGAAUAAGUACAYGAACCAUUGCAAACUGAAUUGCCAAAACAAGGUUCUGAUGCUCGAGGCAGAAUUMAAAAUUGCACAAGGGGAUCUGGCAGGGGGCCUCGAACUCUUCAAAAAGUCGGCGUCCAUUUCGCAUCAGGAAGGUCUGAUGCACGAACAAGCGAUUGCGUACGAGCGGGCGGGAUUGGCUGUGCUCUCGCACCAGGCCUACAACCCAAGCAACGCCAACACUGAUAAUAAACCUUCCUCUUCACCACCGUCGCCUUCGUCGGUGUCAAUAACGCUGUCGAAUGACCAAGCAAGCAAACUCCAGCAGCAAAACCACGUCGACUCGAGUCACUAUUUUUUUGGAAAAUCAAUUGCGCAGUACAAGCUAUGGGGAGCAACCGCGAAAGUGGAGCACAUGAUUGCARAGGGGCACGGUGGGUCAUGACCCAAUMACCGGUGCGCUGAUUCAUUUUGGACUAGGACUACGUUAACAAUGCCUCCCUGCCUACCACGCCAAAAAAGUGGYCUUUUCUGU